GCGUUUCUCGUCAGAGCAGACUUUAUUGCGGCGACACGACCGCGGUUCGCACGCUCCGCCGGCAGCACAGCAGCCCCAGGCGCGCGCGCGCCCCCCUUCACCCCAGCUCCAGUUACCGUGCGCCGGGGUCGCGCGGAGAGUUCGCCGGCUCCUGAGGCGGAAGACGCUGGGCCGACGCCCCACUCCUGUCAGCGACUGCGGCCCCGAGCGGCGGUUUUGUCACUGGUGCACCGUGGACGGCGGGGUCCGCGCGACGCGGAGCGCCGUAAGGCGACGGCGGCGCGGAGCUGACGUCACGCGCCGGGGGCCAGCCAGCGCGCGUGAGGGCCACCACGCCCCCUAUCCCGGCGGCCCCAAUCGGGAGGAGCCUGGCUGAGUAGGCGGGGCCUCGGCAACUCGAGCGGUAGUGCGAUUGGUAGGGAGGGAGGAGCGAGAGCCGGAGCAGCGAGUGGGAUCGAGGCGGGGCGGGCCGAGACCCCUGCGGAAGUCUCGCGAGGCCGGGCCGGAGCAGAGUGUGGCGGCGGCGGCGAGAUCUGGGCUCGGGUUGAGGAGUUGGUAUUUGUGUGGAAGGAGGCGGAGGCGCAGGAGGAAGGGGGCAGCGUAACGCCGGCCCGGAGGGCGGGAGGAGGCGCGGCCAGGGCAGGCAGCUGAGGCAAGGCUAUCCAGGCGGGGAACAGGACCAGCGGCGGCCGAGCGAGCGCGGGGCGCACCGAUCUCGGGAGGCGGGGAAGCCCCGCGGCCGCCGCGCCCGCCCCUUCCCCCGCCGCCCGCCCCCUCUCCCCCCCCGCCCGCCCGCUGCCUUCCUCCCUCUGCCUUCCUUCCCCACGGCCGGCCGCCUCCUCGCCCGCCCUCCCGCAGCCCAGGAGCCGAGGCUGCCGCGGCCGUGGCGGCCGAGCCCUCAGCCAUGGCCUCGGGCGACACCCUCUACAUUGCCACGGACGGCUCGGAGAUGCCGGCCGAGAUCGUGGAACUGCAUGAGAUCGAGGUGGAGACCAUCCCGGUGGAGACUAUCGAGACCACGGUGGUGGGCGAGGAGGAGGACGACGACGAAGACGACGAGGACGGCGGCGGCGGCGACCACGGCGGCGGGGGCGGCCACGGGCACGCCGGCCACCACCAUCACCACCACCACCACCACCACCCGCCCAUGAUCGCGCUGCAGCCGCUGGUCACCGACGACCCGACCCAAGUGCACCACCACCAGGAGGUGAUUCUGGUGCAGACGCGCGAGGAGGUGGUAGGUGGCGACGACUCGGACGGGCUGCGCGCCGAGGACGGGUUCGAGGACCAGAUCCUCAUCCCGGUGCCCGCGCCGGCCGGCGGCGACGACGACUACAUCGAGCAGACGCUGGUCACCGUGGCGGCGGCCGGCAAGAGCGGUGGCGGGUCUUCCUCGGGCGGCGGCCGCGUUAAGAAGGGCGGCGGCAAGAAGAGUGGCAAGAAGAGUUACCUGGGCGGCGGGGCCGGCGCGGCGGGCGGUGGCGGCGCCGACCCGGGCAAUAAGAAGUGGGAGCAGAAGCAGGUGCAGAUCAAGACCCUGGAGGGCGAGUUCUCGGUCACCAUGUGGUCUUCAGAUGAAAAAAAAGAUAUUGACCAUGAAACAGUGGUUGAAGAGCAGAUCAUUGGAGAGAACUCACCUCCUGAUUAUUCUGAAUAUAUGACAGGCAAGAAACUCCCUCCUGGAGGGAUACCUGGCAUUGACCUCUCAGACCCUAAGCAACUGGCAGAAUUUGCCAGAAUGAAGCCAAGAAAAAUUAAAGAAGAUGAUGCUCCAAGAACAAUAGCUUGCCCUCAUAAAGGCUGCACAAAGAUGUUCAGGGAUAACUCUGCUAUGAGAAAGCAUCUGCACACCCACGGCCCCCGAGUCCACGUCUGUGCAGAGUGUGGUAAAGCGUUCGUUGAGAGCUCAAAGCUAAAACGACACCAGCUGGUUCAUACUGGAGAGAAGCCCUUUCAGUGCACAUUCGAAGGCUGCGGGAAGCGCUUUUCACUGGACUUCAAUUUGCGCACACAUGUGCGAAUCCAUACCGGAGACAGGCCCUAUGUGUGCCCCUUCGACGGUUGUAAUAAGAAGUUUGCUCAGUCAACUAACCUGAAAUCUCACAUCUUAACACAUGCUAAAGCCAAAAACAACCAGUGAGAAGAAGAGAGAAGACCUUCUCAGCCCUGGGAAGCCUCUUCAGGAGUGUGAUUGGGAAUAAAUAUGCCUCUCCUUUGUAUAUUAUUUCUAGGAAGAAUUUUAAAAAUGAAUCCUACACACUUAAGGGACAUGUUUUGAUAAAGUAGUAAAAAUUUAAAAAAUACUUUAAUAAGAUGACAUUGCUAAGAUGCUCUAUCUUGCUCUGUAAUCUCGUUUCAAAAACAAGGUGUUUUUGUAAAGUAUGGUCCCAACAGGAGGACAAUUCAUGAACUUCGCAUCAAAAGACAAUUCUUUAUACAACAGUGCUAAAAAUGGGACUUCUUUUCACAUUCUUAUAAAUAUGAAGCUCACCUGUUGCUUACAAUUUUUUUAAUUUUGUAUUUUCCAAGUGUGCAUAUUGUACACUUUUUGGGGAUAUGCUUAGUAAUGCUGUGUGAUUUUUCUGGAGGUUGAUAACUUUGCUUGCGGUAGAUUUUCUUUAAAAGAAUGGGCAGUUACAUGCAUACUUCAAAAGUAUUUUUCCUGUACAAAAAAAAAGUUAUAUAGGUUUUGUUUGCUAUCUUAAUUUUGGUUGUAUUCUUUGAUGUUAACACAUUUUGUAUAAUUGUAUCGUAUAGCUGUAUUGAAUCAUGUAGUAUCAAAUAUUAGAUGUGAUUUAAUAGUGUUAAUCAAUUUAAACCCAUUUUAGUCACUUUUUUUUCCCAAAAAAAUACUGCCAGAUGCUGAUGUUCAGUGUAAUUUCUUUGCCUGUUCAGUUACAGAAAGUGGUGCUCAGUUGUAGAAUGUAUUGUACCUUUUAACACCUGAUGUGUACAUCCAUGUAACAGAAAGGGCAACAAUAAAAUAGCAAUCCUAAAGAAAGAUUAUGGCAGAAAGAGAUCUGUAAGCACAGCCUUAUUUUCUUCUGUUGUCCAGAAUACUUAUUAAUUCUUGAGCCUCCCAGAAAUUGGAAGCUAAAUAAAGCAACUCGAGUUUCCUUUAUUUUGCACUCAGUGACAGUGACUGUGAUGAGGUCCAUGCACGGACACUUAGCAUUUCCUACAUGCCCUGAAUUCUGAGAGCAGGCAGGAGGCACCCCGAGCUAGGAAACUACCUCAGAGUACACAGACGGCCCAUGGCUGGCAGGAUUGUCCUUGAUACCCUGGUGUGUGAAGAGUGAUCUGUUUGCAUGGGCCUGAUGCUUUCUGAAGGGAAGGCACUGGCUGGUAGUGGGUGCCCCGAGGGAGGAUGGGCCUUCUUUCUCAUCACUCAGGCUGCCUUCAAUGGCAGUGGCUCCUUGUCUAGUCCAACAGGAAAUCUCAGUGCAGUCCUUAUUAGAUGCUAUCAAAUGUAGCAGUUGAGUGCCAGUAGCUGUUUGCUUGUAGACACACUAAGUGCAGAGCGGCAAGGCAAUUAGAUUAUUAUUAGAAAGUUGUACUCAGUGAGUACUUGACUUGUCAUGUGUGACCUCUUCAAUGUAUAAUUUUUGAAUCUUACCUAGGGUCAAAUACCAGACUUGUUAAAUAUUUUAUAAACUGCCGUGAUACAUCAAAAUCUCAUUAUUCAAAAUGCAAACCUGUCUGUCUUUCUGUGCUGAAUGCUUGACUACAAGGUAAAAUGACAAAUACCAGAUUCAGUCACAAAGAGGCCGGGAGACCAACCGGUCGAACACUUAGCCCAAUUUCUUAUGGCCUCACCAGGAGGAUUGGUGACCUGGAAACAGUGGCCCGUGGCUCUGGAAUUUUGAAGUGCCUUCUGAACCAUACAUGGAAAUCGUAAUUUGGGACACGUGUUUUAUUCGUCCAGAAUCUGAUCCAGUGAGGAGUUGACAGGACUGAGCUCAGCAGACCCAGCUGUGUGCUAGAGGGCAGGCUUUCCUGCGCCUGGCAGUCAGGAGGGGGCAAGCCUAAAGGGGCCCCUUCAGAGCCAAGUACCCAUGUACUCUCCACCAGGCCUGUGCAGAGGCUCCUGACGGCGCUUUUGUGAGCACCCAGGCCUUCUCCCUACCAUCAGGUUGAGCUUUCCCAAAUGCCCUGCAGUCGGAGGCCAGAGCCACGUUGCCCUCCCUCACCCAAUGUUGUGCUACCCUUGAGCCUGGCCCUGGCACCUCAAGACCCUUGCCCAAGGCUCCACAGCAGAGCAGACCUGUGCUGUGGAAAGGCCUGCCAGCCAGCCACCCUGAGAGUCAGGCCCAUGUGUAGAGCGAGGCCUCAUCCUCUGUGCCUUGAUUCCUUGGGAGAUGCCCUCGGCCAUCUCUUCUGUCCCUUUCUGUCUGAAUGAGCAGUCUUCAUCGUCUUCGCCCUUUCUGUGUUGGCAUUGUCUUCUCAGUGUGCAGUUAACUUCGGUUAGGAGUUCAUUUGGGGGUUCAAAGACAACGUGGUAUGCAGGUCCUCGCUUAGGACAGCAGCAUAGGGAACUGACAUGUCAGUGGUCAGAAGAAAGCUGCUUCUCAUUGGCUUUGGCUUAAACCCAUUUUGCUUGUUAGAAUUUAUAGUUUUGUUAUAGAUGUAAUUUACUAAAUUUGAAAUGGUGUUCUAACAGUGAGUCCAUUGUCUAGACACUUAACCUGAUUUGUAAGUAAUACUGAUAGACAUAUUUUCUUACAUCUGAGCAGAAAUAAAUGCAUGUUUUUAGCAAAUGUAAUGUAAAAGCUCCAGAGGAUAAGUUUACACCCAAUAAGAUAUUAUUUUCUAUUUUUAAAUUUGUUAUUCGCCCCUCUUUGGUAGUGGGGUUGGGGGCAUAUUAUCUGUGUACAGAGCUGUCACUUAUUUCCCACAGAGAUGCUGAGCUCUCGAUGUGCUGAUCCUGUGCAAUGUGUGUACUUUGCCCAGACUCCAGGCCUGAGGAGCUGAGGAAAACCAAGAUCUCCCCACCCCCAAUUUGGUUUCCACACACAGGUCCUUCCAAAUGCUGCUUGUUUUGUUUGGGUAUGUAAGGCCUCUUGAAGGGAUAGUGUGUGCAAUGCCUGUCCAUGUUUCUAGGCAGGCUUAGCUUGUGUCUUCACAUAGAUGAGAGCCUACUGUCUGUCAGGGAAGUGUGUGGUGCUCUGGGCUUACGGUGCUGGCCUACCUUAGCACCCACCCUACCUUUCCACUCUGCAGGACUCCCCUGUGGUAGAACCCUCAAAUCACUGACUAUAGUGUAUGUCUAUGACCCAGGCAGUCUUGGCCCAUAAUUUUAUCCACUUCCCACUAUAGACAGGGACUUGACUACUUCUCCCUUUCCCCUGUGUUCCAGAAUUGGCAUGAUUUAGUCAGUCUUCAGUGGUGGGUUUUUUUUUGUUUUUUGUUUUUUUUGUUUUUUUUUUUUCCCUCUUGACAUUUAGCCUACAGCAAGAGUGGGGACUUCAAGGUCAGAACAGGGAGAUGAGCACAGAGUUGCCAUCCAUGACUGACACUAAAAGGCAUUGUCCUAGCACCCCUAUUGUCUGCUGUGUUCCUUUUCUAGCACAGACUGUUUCUCUGGCCACAAGAGGCCCCUAGCUCACUCUGCAGCCCUUUGGUGUUAGUGUGACCUCUUCUAGAGCCCAGGUCCAGGACCCGGCAGAUACACUCUAGCUGAGGAUAGGAACUCAGAACUCCAAAGCAGAUGUGCUCGCAACACUUGAAACUCUGGUCAGAACAAAAAGCUAUUCCAUGCUUCAAAUCACAUCCCAGCAGCAUUGACCAAGUUGGUUAGGUCUCCAAAAUAUCGAGCUUUUCUCUUGUUAACUACUCUCAGGGUAAGCCCAGGUGCUUUGGUAGCCUCAAGAUGGCUUAAGUACAGGCUUGUCAGGUGAGUAAGUCAUUCUGGGAGGAAGAAGGUGGCUCUGUGGCUGAGAGGCUACCUGGCAUCUUUGGGCAUAAUCGGUCAGUAUGGUGCCAGGAAAAUCAUCCUCCAUCUGGGACAGUAUGUAGACUUCAUAGGAAGGGGUGGGUGGCAGAUGUGAACAAAUGUCACUCAGUCCCUUAUAAAAUGGUUAAGGCAUUGGAAUUGAGUGUUGGUCACAGGCAGAGUGAGUGCACCUUCCAGACUGGUACAAGGUGUGCCUAGCCAGCAUUCUGGACAUCACUGAGGGGAUUAGUUGGCAGCAUGUUGCUUGGCAUUUCAGAGUGGCAGAUUUGCUGAUACUCAUAAGAGACCACUCAGGCACCCUAAGAAAUGACAUUGAAGAUGGACAGCUGUGUUGGUUUUCUGCCUCCCUGCCUGGAGCCACAUGGUGUCUACAUACAAAAGGGAGGAAAGAAGGCAUCAGUACCAGAGUCACCUCUUUCUAAUGCCAGCAACUGUUAAACUCUGAUGUCUACAAAUAGCAAGAAAAGUUGUGUUUUCAUUUUCUGGGAACUCCCAUAGGCCCUGGCUCAAGGACUUCACAUUGUGUGUCAUGUACAUCUCUUAAGUGUUCUUUGCUGUUCUGGAAUUGUCCUUGGUUUUUUCCUUAGCUCAUAGAUCAUAGACACAGAAAUAUUAUAGUAUUUAAAGCAUCCGCAUCAAGCAUCAGAUGGCUUCGCAUCCAGAAAAACAUAACUCAGUUUGAAGCACCAAGCAUGUGUAACAUGGCUCUAUACAAUACAAUAAAAAACGCUGAUGUUAAGCUUC